AUGUGGGGGGCCAGCACGGUGCUCAAGAGCGGGGGGCUCGUGGCGGGCGCCCGCCUGGGCUGCCGCCUGCGCGAGGAGGACGCCGGGCGCCGCGAGACCUUCAGCGCCGAGUGGCUCGACCUGGAGCUCAGCACCCGGCCCCAGGACGGGUGGUGCCGGCGGGAGGUGGACGAGCGGCGCCGGGAGACGCUGGAGCAGCGCGGGGAGACGCGGCUGCUGGAGCAGCGCUCGCCCUGGGGGCUGCUGCGCGCGGGGCGCCUGGGCAGGCGGCGGUGA